GAUAGUUAGAUAGAGAGAGAUGAGGGAGUGAGAGAAUCGUGCGGGUUCUUCUCUUCUUUUUGUUUUGCUUUCUCUUUCUACGGCAGAACCCAACCCUCUCCCAUUCUCUUUUCUCUUCCCUUGUUUCAUUUGAGGAGUUGUUUUUUCUUUUCCUCUCCAUUUCUUGUCUGCCAAACAGGCAGUGUGAAGUUGGGGGAAAAUGGGGUUUGAUCAUCUUCUUUUGUUGCCGGGUUGUUUUCUGGUAAUCUGAGAGAAAACCCAGUUGAGUUUUGGUUGUUUGUUGUAAGUGGUGGUGGUGCCAAUUCAAGGUCUCUAAUUUUCAGUCCUUGUGGCAUUGUGGUACAAGUGGUUUCCGUUGAUUUUCCUUCAUUUUCUCUCCUCUUCUUCUUUUUUGGGUUCUUCUGAGUUUGUAGUCACAAUGAGUCUUGUGGAAAACCCAAGUGGUGGUGGUGGGAAUUCAGAUGUGAUGCUUUCCCUCUCUUCUGGCUAUUCAGAAGAGAAUGAGUUCAUGGGCUCUGACAAGGGAGGUGAGAUUCUGACCCCUCACCCACUAGAAGGAGAGGAAAAUGAUAGAUCAGUUGAGGGUAGUGAUGGGUGUUUUGGGGAUGAGAAAAUGGAGGAGGUUAAUGGUUUCGGUCCAGGUGAGGAAGAGGAAGGAGAAGAUAGUGAGCAGAACUCUGGUGGAGUGAAAAGUGGGCAAAACAAGGUCUGUGUCAGAGGCCAUUGGAGGCCACACGAGGAUGCCAAGCUGAGAGAGGCUGUUGCCCAACAUGGUCCCCAGAACUGGAACUUGAUUGCCGAGAAGCUUGUUGGAAGAUCAGGAAAGAGCUGUAGAUUGAGGUGGUUUAACCAGCUAGAUCCAAGGAUCAACAGGAGGGCUUUCAGUGGAGAAGAAGAAGAUAGACUCUUGGCUGCACAUAGACUUUAUGGCAACAAAUGGGCUAUGAUUGCCAGGGCCUUUCCUGGGAGGACUGAUAAUGCUGUGAAGAACCAUUGGCAUGUGAUCAUGGCCAGAAGGCACAGAGCUCAGUCUAGUAUCUACAGAAGGAGAAAGCCCUCUUUUUCUUCUUCUGCUUCUUCUCCUUUUUCUCAGACUCUCCUCCCUAGAGGUUUGGAUAUGAUUAUGACUCACCCCAAUUCCUCUCAGACCAUCCCUAUGGGCUUAAGUAUAAUCAAUCACCCAUCUUAUUCCCCCUCUUAUUCUUCUCAUUUGAUCACUCAUCAACCCAUUCCAAGGGGUUUGGAUGUGGUUACUCACCAAAACAAUGCAGGAAGUGAAUCAACCAUCACCAGCACCAUCGAUGAAUCUGCUUCAUCUGGCACUGAUCUCUCCCUCAAAGCCUACUCCAACAGGGCUGAUCUUCCAGGGAUUUUCACUAAUUAUACUCCUGCUAUGCAGCAGCAGCUUCAUCUCAUUGGCUUGGACUUGCAGAUGGGCCUGCCUGGGGUGUAUGAGAAGCCCAAUGGCUUAUACCGAGCUGGUAAUUCAGAUUCAAACUCAGAAGCCUCUGCAACCUCAGCUGCCAACACCCGGAACAAUCACUAUCUGCAUGGAGAAAAUGAAAAUGGGAAUGGGAAUAAGGACUACAACACACCCUUCAUUGAUUUCCUUGGAGUGGGAGCCACUUGAGAGAUGGUGGAUUUUGGGGUUUGGUUUGGAGCCUAGGAAGACAUCAUAUGAACAAAAAACAAAGUAGAAGAGAAGUGGUCUUGGAAAAUGGUUUGGCGACUAAGGCAGCAGAUAAUGAGGGUUUUGAGAUGGGUCAUGAGCAUCAGUCUACAGUCUUUCCUGUACAGCUAGUUCCAUAAAAGGACAAGAAAAUAACAGUAGAAAGAAUAGGAAGAUGAGAGGGAGAUUGAGAGGGGGAUGGAGAGGGGGGGAGAGAGGAAGAGAGAGAGAAAGGGAGGUGGGCUUUUAUGAGUAGUUAUGAGUCUUCACAAUAAAUUAUCAGGGAGUCAGUUCAGUUGUUUUGCAGUUAUCCAGAGAGUUUCAUGUAUCAGGCAAAGCACAGACAAAAGUUUCUUCUAAUGAAUAAAUCUGUUAUCUGCCCAUCUUUCAUGA